AUGAGACUGGAGCAGCAGAGGGUAAGACAAAGAGGGAACGAAACUCAGUCAUCAUCAUCAUCAUCAUCAUCAUCAUCAUCAUCAUCAUCAUCAUCAUCAUCAUCAUCAUCAUCAUCAUCAUCAUCAUCAUCAUCAUCAUCAUCAUCAUCAUCAUCAUCAUCAUCAUCAUCAUCAUCAUCAUCAUCAUCAUCAUCAUCAUCAUCAUCAUCAUCAUCAUCAUCAUCAUCAUCAUCAUCAUCAUCAUCAUCAUCAUCAUCACCAUCACCAUCACCAUCACCAUCACCAUCACCAUCACCAUCACCAUCACCAUCACCAUCACCAUCACCAUCACCAUCAUCAUCAUCAUCAUCAUCAUCAUCAUCAUCAUCAUCAUCAUCAUCAUCAUCAUCAUCAUCAUCAUCAUCAUCAUCAUCAUCAUCAUCAUCAUCAUCAUCACCAUCACCAUCACCAUCACCAUCACCAUCACCAUCACCAUCAUCAUCAUCAUCAUCAUCAUCAUCAUCAUCAUCAUCAUCAUCAUCAUCAUCAUCAUCAUCAUCAUCAUCAUCAUCAUCAUCAUCAUCAUCAUCAUCAUCAUCAUCAUCAUCAUCAUCAUCAUCAUCAUCAUCAUCAUCAUCAUCAUCAUCAUCAUCAUCAUCAUCAUCAUCAUCAUCAUCAUCAUCAUCAUCAUCAUCAUCAUCAUCAUCAUCAUCAUCAUCAUCAUCAUCAUCAUCAUCAUCAUCAUCAUCAUCAUCAUCAUCAUCAUCAUCAUCAUCAUCAUCAUCAUCAUCAUCAUCAUCAUCAUCAUCAUCAUCAUCAUCAUCAUCAUCAUCAUCAUCAUCAUCAUCAUCAUCAUCAUCAUCAUCAUCAUCAUCAUCAUCAUCAUCAUCAUCAUCAUCAUCAUCAUCAUCAUCAUCAUCAUCAUCAUCAUCAUCAUCAUCAUCAUCAUCAUCAUCAUCAUCAUCACCAUCACCAUCACCAUCAUCAUCAUCAUCAUCAUCAUCAUCAUCACCAUCACCAUCAUCAUCAUCAUCACCAUCACCAUCAUCAUCAUCAUCAUCAUCAUCAUCAUCAUCAUCAUCAUCAUCAUCAUCAUCAUCAUCAUCAUCAUCAUCAUCAUCAUCAUCAUCAUCACCAUCACCAUCAUCAUCAUCAUCAUCACUGAUGGCGUGA